UCCAGCCUACCGGCUGAUCCUCUUAUCGACAAGCAGGCGGCCAAGAUGGAUGUUGUGAACCAGUUGGUGGCCACCGGGCAGUUCACCAUAAUCAAGCAGCCUUUGGGAUUUAUGAAAAUCCUACAAUGGAUCUUUGCCAUCUUUGCUUUCUCGACAUGCGGCAGCUACUCUGGCAUGUUCAAGAUGAGUGUGGAGUGUAAAAACCGGUCAGAGAGUGACCUGAGCAUUGAGGUGGAGUUUGAGUAUCCAUUCAGGCUACAUCAGGUGUACUUCGAUGCCCCAACCUGCAAGGGGGGAAACCCUGAGCGUCUGUUCCUAAUCGGAGACUACUCCUCCUCAGCUGGGUUCUUUGUCACCGUCGGUGUCUUCUCCUUCCUCUACUCCAUGGCAGCCCUUUCUGUGUAUGUUUUCAUUCUGGAGAAAUACCGUGAAGGCUGCAAGGGAGCCCAGAUUGACUUUGUUGUGACCUGUGUGUUCACCUUCUUCUGGCUGGUGGCUUCUUCUGCCUGGGCUAAGGGUCUGUCGGAUGUGAAGGCAUCCACCGACCCAGACAAGGUUCUCUUACUGAUCGAGGCCUGCGACGAACCGGAGAACCGCUGCCGUGAAGUCCAUGACCCUGUCGUCUCUGGUCUCAACACAUCUGUGGCAUUUGGCUUCCUGAACCUGAUCCUGUGGGGAGGGAACCUGUGGUUCGUGUUCAAGGAGACUGGCUGGCUGGCAGCUUUUGGAGGCACAUAUGCACCUUCCCAGGAGAAAGCACCUGCCCCAGAGUCCUUCGGCCAGGACGGCUAUGGGCAGGAGGGCUAUGCACAGCAGGGGGAUGCCUAUACCGGCACCCAGGGAGGCUACCAGCCCGACUAUGGCCAGGGCGGCUACACUGAGGGAGGUGGAGACUAUCAGCAGGGGGGAUACGAACAGCAGCCCACCCCCUACGCCAAUCAGAUGUGAGCUGGUCCACCCUAUGGCAGCUGGAAGCUGGGGCCACCAUGUGAUUUAGGAGUGUGGUGCCUGACCACCACCCACAAUUCCACACUCCUCUGUUUGUCUGUUUGUGCAUUUGUGAGUUGACAAGAGGAGGGAGGGAGGGAGGCAGGCAGCGAGGUAUGGAGGAAGGUGGGCUCUUGGAAGGGGAAGUUAUCAACACCGUGUCCCUUGGGAGAGUGUUAUUUUGUUGAGGGGGAAAUGGGUCCUUACUGUAACAUGCUGUUUAUUCUCGUGAUGUAUUUAACUGUGGAAGACAACAGGGGAUUCAUUGACAGUUUGAUCGCACAAGGACAAACUGGAAUACAAAACCAAAACAUGAACAUCAAUCUUUUAAAGGAAUAACACUUAAAUGAAGGACAAUAAUGGUAGUAAUAUUUAACGUGGGAGAAUGUAUUUGUCUGUGCUAUGUAAAUAUCAACAUAUUCAUAUAGAAAUAUAUGUACACAGUUGAAUAAUUGUGCACUCCAUAUUAGUUGUUAUACAACAAAUGUAGAGAACAGAGUUAUCCAGUUGUAUUUACUUCAGUUCUGUUUAGGAGCUCACAUAGUUCAACCCUCGUUGUUUUUUAAUAUUUAUGUUUUGUGUUUAUUUUAUUUCUCCAUGUGUGUUUCUUUACAUUUUCAGUUUAUUCAGUUUCAGAAUAGUUAUUUUCUCUUUGUGCUUUUUUAUUUGUUCAACAUUACUGAAUGAGUUUAACGGGAUAGAGUAAAGAAGAUGUGAUGGCAAAGGAUGAAGACAAAAAAAGAAAGCAAAAAGAAUGACGAAUUCAGAGAGAGUAGAGAAGAAUGAGAGAGGUGUUAGCAGUGAUUUAUGUAUUCAUUACAACUUGUAUUCAUUGUCUUUUAUAUUUUGCCAUUGAAGUAUUACUCAAGGAUUUAGCUAUGUUUGCUGAGAAAAGCUGAAAUGCAAAAAGGAGAAAAUGUAUCUAGGAUAAUGAAAAAGUAGUUAGCAUGGUAAGAAUUGGUAUUCUGCUAAUACUAUGCUGUUCCGAAAAACUGCUGUACAUACUAUGCUAUCAACACUUUUAGUUAAAGAUGAUUUGAGGUUGUGAAGUCAACUGACGUUAAGGGGAUCAUUAUUUUUAAUGUAGUUUAGAACUUGGCGUCAGAUAGAUUGGGCCCAGAACCUUGUCAUGUUUCGAUCGACUAUUUAUCUAGUCUAGAGAUGAGUCAUAAGACAGAAUAAGUAAUCAUGUUUAUUCACAAUUUAUUUUGGUCAUCUGAUCAAAACGUAUCCAUAUAUUUUCAUAGAACUAAAUCAGUAUGGCACAAUGUGUCAUUUUCAAGACCAUAUACAAGCCAUAGAAAAUAAGUAUUUUAAGUAUUUUUUACAUAGUAAUAUAGCCAACUAAGUUGUCCUGAACUGUAUCUUGUUUCCAUAUACAUAAAAUAUCCUGCAUCCUUGAUCUCCCCACACCCACACAUUCACUCUCAAAAGCAGGUUUUGCAUGUGUCUGACUCCUGGAGUUAAAGUACCCUGGAACCAAAUUGAGAGGGGGGGGGGGGGUGCAAGUGGCAAACAAGUGUUACAGUAAUAGUAUGUUUGGCUCAUCAUAAGGUCACAGCACAGUGCAGCUCUGCUAUAUUUUACACAAAGUACAGGGACUACACAUGCUGCAAUGGUCACUCUUUUCAAGGUCAUGUAGAUAGGCUGACCUGCCAUACUGCCAAUCCUCUCUUUGGAUAGAAGAAAAACUGUAUUGCCAAAUGGAAACAGGACAGGCGUGUCUUGAUCGAUAGAUUUUGCUUCCACAGUAAAUUGUUUUUCAUCCAUGUUAUUCCAUUAUGCAGUUUUGGAUCCAUACAUUUCAUUUUUUUACCAGUCGGUGUAGAGGCACCUCACUUUCUCUCCCUUCUCCUGUGUUCUCUCUCUUUCUCUCCCUUCUCCCGUGUUCUCUCUCUUUCUCUCCCUUCUCCUGUGUUCUCUCUAUCCAUCUUUCUCUCCCUUCUCCUGUGUUCUCUCUCUUUCCAUAUCUUUCUCUCCCUUCUCCUGUGUUCUCUCUCUUUCCAUCUCUUUCUCUCCCUUCUCCUGUGUUCUCUUUCUCUCUUUCUUUCCCUUCUCCUGUGUUCUUUCUCUCCCUUCUCCUGUGUUCUCUCUCCCUUCUCCUGUGUUCUCUCUCUUUCCAUCUCUCUCUCCCUUCUCCUGUGUUCUCUCUCUUUCCAUCUCUUUCUCUCCCUUCUCCUGUGUUCUCUCUCUAUCCAUUUCUUUCUCUCCCUUCUCCUGUGUUCUCUCUCUAUCCAUCUCUUUCUCUCUUUCUCCUGUGUUCUCUCUCUAUCCAUCUCUUUCUCUCCCUUCUCCUGUGUUCUCAAUCUAUCCAUCUCUUUCUCUCUUUCUCUCCCUUCUCCUGUGUUCUCUCUCUAUCCAUCUCUUUCUCUCCCUUCUCCUGUGUUCUCUCUCUAUCCAUCUCUUUCUCUCCCUUCUCCUGUGUUCUCUCUCUAUCCAUCUCUUUCUCUCUUUCUCUCCCUUCAUGUGUUCUCUCUCUCUUUCUCUCCCUUCUCCUGUGUUCCCUCUCUUUCCAUCUCUUUCUCUCUCUCUCUUGUAGCUCUUAUAAAUAUGCUCAAUGCAAUAUGUAUAGUCUGUCGUUAGUGGUGAAUGAUGUCUUGUGAUACUCUACGCCUUUGGACAGUUGUGUUUAUUGUUUAUGAUGUAUUCUUAUUACUAUUUAUGAUAAUGACAAUUACAAUUCAGAGAAAAAAAUAUCCAAGAUUCUCCAGAAUUCUAUUGUAUUCUUAUUUUAUGGAAUCCCUGUGAAACAAAAUCAAAUAAACUUGACAUUCUGUUGAAGGUUAAA